ACAUGAGACCUGCCCUCAAUUUUCUUCCAGAACUCCAAGAUAUAGGCGAUGGAGGGUCCAGGGCUAUGGUGGACGUGCUGAGCGGGCGGCGCCUGGUGACCCGCGAGGGCACGGUGGUGGAGGCGGAGGCCGCGCUGCAGAACAAGGUGGUAGCCCUGUACUUUGCAGCGGGCCGAUGCGCCCCCAGCCGCGACUUCACGCCGCUGCUCUGCGACUUCUACACCGCGCUGGUGAGCGAGGCACGGCGGCCUGCACCCUUCGAGGUGGUGUUCGUGUCGGCGGACGGCAGCCCCGAGGAGAUGCUGGACUUCAUGCGCGAGCUGCACGGCGCCUGGCUGGCACUGCCCUUCCACGACCCCUACAGGCAUGAACUGAAGAAGAGGUACGACAUCACAGCCAUCCCCAAGCUCGUGGUCAUCAAACCCAAUGGAGCGGUCAUCACCAACAAAGGGCGGAAACAGAUCCGGGAGCGCGGGUUAGCUUGCUUUCAGAACUGGGUGGAAGCGGCCGAUGUUUUUCAGAACUUCUUGGGGUGAAUCUGGAGGGACCAGGGCAGAUGCUUGCUGCAAGUGCAGACCAAACACCUUCGAAGAGGGAGUUGCUUGUUCUUUUCUCUGUUGGGGGAUUUCAUAGUAGUGGCACCAAAGCAGGACAAAGGGCAGGUGCUGCCCAGGAAAGAACUACACCCUCCCUCUGCGGGUCCUAGAGUUCCUCUGGUGUGGACUUUUGUUUUUAUAGCUUCCUCUACCCGUGCCUAGGCCCCAGGACACAUCGACAGUGUGCUAUCAAAAAUCUAUGCAAGAUGCUCAUUUCUGCAGGCUUUUUUGGUAAAUUGAUCUAUGAGGUAUGCAUUUUCUGAUGACGUAUCACAUUUUAGUGAUGCCUUGGUAAGUGUAUUUAUUAAUCACGUUUGUAGUUUAAUAAACCAACAUUCAUACCUUGA